UUUUAAUGGCUAAUUGGUAUCGCAACUCUUAAGACGAUAUAUAAGGAGGUGGGCAGUGGCGCGUGCCCAGUGUGAGCUGGAGCAUGUAGUUGAGAGGCUCCUCCUCCCGCACCGCCCCCCUCGUCUCCCUCCAGUGGUCACGGCGUUUCGGGAAGGAGCGGAGCAGCAUUAGACCGUCCACGAGGGGCCCAGCAGAAGCCUGAGGGACACCGGAGUGUAGUGUGUCAAGCUGAGGGAGGCAAGAGACCGUGAGUUAGAAAAACGCAUGUGCCUGAGGAAGACGAGGAAGUGUGAGACUGAAGAUACGGAAGUGUGAUUGCAAGAGAAACGUGAGGUGGAGAAUACGAGAGAAUACCAGUGACCAUAUUGGGUGAGGAUACAAGAUACACACAGGUUAAAAAUAAAGUAACGAAGGACACGAAGCAAGCCAAUCAUCCAACGCAACGCCACAACUUGAACGGUGAAGAAAGGAAGUCGCGUGACAGACAAAAUAACCCAAGAAUCUCGUGUUGGUGGGUGUGUUUGUAUCCCGGACAGCCGCGUGACAGCCCGUGGGUGGAGGAUGAAUGUGUGGGUGUGUGGGGCGGCGUGGCUCAAGUCGCUAAGCCCUCAGUAGUCCCGCUCGGGAGGACUCGGAAGGAGUGGAGUGGAGUGGCUGAGUGACCUAUCGCAGGAUGGAAACUCAAACCCUUCAGUAGUCCCGCUUCGAGGACGUUGAGUGGCGGUGGCGUGUGAGCCUCGCCAUGGCCUCCAUCUACUUCACGGAGGGCGGCAUGGACGCGCACUGGGGCCGCUCCAACUCCCUCGUGUCCACCACCAGCAGUAGCGGCUGCGGCGACUCCCUCCUCGGGUCGCGUCUGGGGUCACGGUGGGCGCUGCUGGGGGAUGACGACGUGUUUCUGCCCGCCACCGUGGCCAUCCCGCGCCCCUGUCUCCCCGACCUUGACCUCAGGUGUCCACGAGACGAGGACAGCGGCAGCGUGGGGUCAUGCAGUCCCCCACCGUCCCCUCUUACUUCCGCGCCCUCCCCCGCCGCCCUCCCGACCCCAGCUGACAGCGAGGACCAGGCCCCCCCGAUGUCACCCCUGCCCACCCUGCAAGUGCCGCCCGCUCACCCAGGCCUCACUCUCUCAGGCCUCAUGGGACUGCCGCUCAAACCCCUGGGAGGCGAGGGGGCUCUGGGCCCUCCCGGGGAGGAGGGGCUAGAUCCCGGUGUAGUAGAAUUACUGGGGAGCGGUGACGAGCGAACUGCGGCGCUCAGGACCUCCCAACGGUUCUACUUCCGUCUAGUGCAAUGGCUGGGACGCAAGCGACGAGCGGGCCGCACGCCGCGCUCAGCUGAGCAUCACCACAAGGUGCAUUACGGCCUGCGCCCUGAAGUCCCUCCACACGAUACCAAGACCGCACGCAAGAGAUUUGCCGACCUGUUGCGUCGUGCCGCCCGCGGCGGGUCAUGGGAGGAGGGCAGGACGUUGCUGCCGCAGCAGGAGAGUGGCUACUCCUCACCCAACAUUUCGGCUCAGCACACUCCCACCGCCCACCACCGCCUCGUCAACCAGUCCAGCUUCAUGCGCCGCUCCCUCGAACUCUCACCGCAGCGGACGACACCGUCCACGCUGCCUCGCAUGUCUCUGCCUGCAGACCACCUGCGACGGACACUGGACGGCCGGUUCUCCACGCAGGCGGCAGAGCGGCGGCGGCGGCUCUCCCGGGGCAAGACCAUCAGCCAAGACGACGGCUUCCCGCCCGCCCCGCCCCCUACUCUCACCACGCCGCAGGAGGGUAGCUGCGGUGGCCGCUCCAACGCACCGCUGGUGACCAGCGCCCGCAGGAUGUCUCGGCCGGGGUCCUCGAGCCGGGAGGAGAGCACCGGCGAGGAGAGUGGCUUUGAGGAGGAGGAGCCAGUGGAGGUGAGGGUGCCGCCGCUGGUGUUGGAGGAGAGGCGGGACUCAGGCUCCUCUACCACCGCCGCCGCUGCUCACGACCCCCUUGCGGAGUGGGCCAUUCCGUGGGACCAGCUGCGCUUUGGCCAUGUUCUUCGUCGCGGCUCGACCACAAAUAUCUACAGGGGCCGCUGGCACGGGGACGUCAUGAUCCACACCUUCGACGGGACGCACGCCACGAUGGAGCGCCGCUUCUGGGAGCUGGUGGCGAGCCUGUCGAUGAUCCGCCACGAGAACAUCGUCCUCUUCAUGGGUGCCAGCAUGGCGCCCCCGAACUUGGCCAUCGUGACGGGCGUGCGGCGCGGGAUGUCCCUCCACCAGCACACCUCCUCCCGCGGCUCCAUCCCCUACCCCUCCAGAGUCAACAUUGCCCGUCAGGUUGCACAGGCCAUGUCGUACCUCCACUCCCGUGGCAUCAUCCACGGCCGCCUCAACUCGCGCAACGUGUUCCUGGAGGCCAAGAUCAAACUGUCUCUGCUCGACCACAGCAUGGCGGAGUCGAGCCCCGUGGGGGAGCACACCGGCUGCCUGGCACAGGGCCUCCUCACCUAUCUGCCCCCGGAGAUGAUGAGGACCCUACAAAUCGUCCCGCCGCACGUGACGGUGUCCGCCUCCCCGACACAGCAGUCCGACGUGUACAUGUACGGCACGCUGCUGUACGAACUGUUCGCCGAGGCGCCGCCCUUCGCCACGCAGCACCCGCACGCCGUCAUCCUGCAGGUGGGGCGGCGGCGGCAGCCCAGCACGGAGGACCUGCAGUGCACCCAGAACUUGAAGACGCUGAUCGGUGAGUGCUGGGACGCCGAGACAGCACAGCGGCCCGUAUUCCCGGACAUUCUGCGAACGCUGCAGCAGACACUGUCGCUCCACCGCGCCCACUCCACCUCAGAGCCCGAGAGACUCAACCGCAUGGGUGUGUCCGGCAGGAUAUCCUGCUGACAGGACCUGGGCCGGCCGCCGCCACCCCUCGGCCGCUCCCUCACUGAAGAGACUGUCAAGGACGACCUGCACGGGGACGCCUUCCUCAAGCUGCCCUGAACGCCGCGCCGAGGACACUCCCGCCCCCGCUGCCCCCGCACAGCCCCUUGUUGCCUCCGCUGCCUCCUGGCGGCCUCGACAAUACUGGACGUGUUGUCGGGCAGCAGGGCUAGAGACUGUAUGGGGACUAUUGGGGCGCCGGGGGUGCGACAGGGACCCUGCGAAAAGAGUCCCGCGAAAAAGACAGUCCAGAGGGAGCAGAGGGCGCGACGGAGGUCAGCCCGAGUCUGCUGUACGGGUCAGGUCGCUUGUGACCUCACCACCACAAUCAUCACCACCACCACCACCAUUACCACAACCUUUAGCGCCACCGUCACCACCACAUCCUCCACCACACUCUCCGCCACGCCCGUCACCGCCACCGUCACACAAGCCCGUCUUCGCCGCACCACCGUUGCCAAAGAUUACCAGACAAGCAAGUCGCGCCACCAAAGACGCCGCAGCGGGCCGUGGCUGUGGCGCCGCUGCGGGACGACGCCGCGUGACGCCAGGAAGGUUGUAGAACAAUCAUGAAGUGAAGUGAAGUGAAGUGUUGUUUGACAGUGACUUGUUGCUGUUGUGCUGCUGCUGAACGCUGGGUGAAUGCGUGGGUGUCGUGUGUGUGUGUGUGUGUGUGUGUGUGUGUGUGUGUGUGUGUUUUCAUCGGUUUUAUCUGAGGUCCUUUUUAAUUAACAACAAGGUGUGCUUUCUCUCGUCUUCCACCUGCUCAAUUAAUUAUUCUUACUAUUAGCAUCAGUAUUAUUAUUACUAUUUCUACUGCUACCACUAUUAUUAUUAUUAUUAUUAUUAUUAUUAUUAUUAUUAUUAUUAUUAUUAUUAUUAUUAUUAUUAUUAUUAUUAUUAUUAUUAUUAUUAUUAUUAUUAUUAUUAUUAUUAUUAUUAUUAUUAUUAUUAUUACUGUUACUACUACUACUACUACUACUACUACUACUACUACUACUACUACUACUACUACUACUACCACUACUACUAUGACUACUACUACCAAAAGAUUCCCAUCACCACCACCACCACCACCCAAAAAUACCUCUCUCUGACAGUAUUACCAAGGUUGUGACUCCUUCAAACCAUCAUCUUCUCCCUUCCCCCCAUCAGCCAGUCUUCCCUAAGCGUCCUCCCUGCACCCCGAAGACACCUAGUCACCAGUCAUGUCUUAGCUGAUGAUGAUGAUGAUGAUGUAGAUGAUGACGUAGAUGAUUAUUAUUAUUAUUAUGAUGAUGAUGAUGAUGUAGAUGAUAAUGAUGAUGAUCUCGUGUCGAUGUAGACUGCCUAGGUGUACACGAGGGUUUGGAAGCUGUGUGUGUGUGUGUGUGUGUGUGUGUGUGUGUGUGUGUGUGUGUUCGUGUGCGAGCUUCCACUCCCUUGCAAAGUCUUCUAAGGUUGUGAUAGGUAUAAGGAGUUAGUUUUAUGAAUACUAAGUUAAAAAUAGAAAAUUGAAUAGUUUUUCUUUUCUAGAGACAUUUUUCCUUGUUUUUAGUGAUGUUUGUUAGUUUGUACGCCCUCACCUGUUUCUGGUGCUGGACUUACCUGGCCGUCAGUCAUUUUUUUGAUUACUCAGUUCAUACACCUGUGCUGCUCCUGCUGGUGGUGAUUAUCUCAAGUGUGUGUGUGUGUGUGUGUGUGUGUGUGUGUGUGUGUGUGUGUGUGUGUGUGUGUGUAUUCUCCAAUGCUUAUUCCAUGUGAUUCUCAGCCGUUCGAGUCAUUUAUCCCCGCGUCACCGUCACCGCCACCGCCGCCGUGCUCACCCCGACUGUACAGCCUCGAGGCGUGUCACGCACACACGCACAGUCACGUCACGUCACGUCACGUCACUCUCGUGUGUGCGUCACCGUGGGUGGGAGGCGUGUAUGUACGUCCCUGUGUGUUUGUCCAUGUGUGUGUAGGUUCCCGCGCCCGCCGCCUCCCCUGCUGAGCCGCGCCGAGACUCAGCGGCGGGAGUCAGCGGUUCAACAAUAAAUUGAUUCCUCCAGAAACACUCGGCGGCCGCGCCUGGCCGCCGGAUGUGACGUCACCACCACAAUAAUAACAAUAAUAGUAAUAAUUGACAAUCGAGAGGGACAAAAUAUAUAUAUGUACAUGA